GUUCUCAGUACUGGGUCUUUAAAGACACUCAGGCCAUGACCGGGUACCCUCGACCGCUCUCCGACUGGGGCAUGAGGACAGGAAGCGGGGCGCCGGUGGCCCGUGUGGACGCCGCCUUUGUUUGGGCCCACAAUGGCAAAACCUACCUGUUCAGCGAGGGCCUCUUCUGGAGGUUCGAUGAGAGCCGAAAAGACGAGCAGGCCAUCAAGCUUCCAGAUCAGGGUUACCCACGUGAGAACAGCGUCUGGGAAGGAAUGCCAAAUCACAUGGACGAUGUCAUCAGCUGGGGAGAAGGAGAUGCCUAUUUCUUUAAAGACAACAUGUACUGGGUGCUAACCAGCGGGGGAAUGGCCCAAGACGUCAUCGCGCCUAAAUCCACGGCUGUGGACUUCCUCAAAUGUCCGGCCCCUCCAUCAAACCCGAGCCCCCCGAGUCCUCGGAACCCAAAGGAAUGCCACUGUGGCUUCAACGGAUCUUCUCCCUCUUCAAGAAGCAGCUGGAUUUUACUGCUUCUUGCUGCUUUAAUGGGAAAUUUGUUUUUAUGAUGUUAGUUUUUUUAUGUUUUUUUUUUCAACAGAAGGGUUAAUAGAAACUCUUCAUGGAAUAAUCGUGAAGCGUUUGAUUUCACUCACUUGCUGGUUUAAAAUUACAUGAAACCGCCUGUGUUUAAGACUGUAAAGACUGUAGGUUCUUUGUCGUAUUAGGAGAAAAAUAAAUCAGAAGUGGAAGUGGUUUCUCUCGUCUAAAAAAUAAAAUUGUGCAUAUGUUUAUUCACCUGGCAGAACACUGGACAGGUCAUCAAGUGAAGCUCUUAUGUAACCAUGUUGUGAAGGAGCCACAGAUCCAUCCAACUAUUAGUUUACUAAUUAUCACAAAAGUAGCAUCUAUGCAAAAAGUGAAAUAAAUGGUGAAUGCAGA